ACACAAACUAUUGGAUGUCCAGAGUGAUGACAUAAACUAAUAUAUCUCAUGGAUCUGCAAAAUCUCCUAUCUCCACUAUCAAAACCACGUACAGCUACAGCUAUACAGCAGCCAUUGCCGAACCAGACCAGACCAGGUCACAAAGUGGACGUUCGUAUUCCAAUAUGCCAUUUUCAUAUAUUCAAAAGUGCUUCCAAUUCCAAUAUGCCAUUCCAAUUCCCAAAUCCUCCCUCCAGAUUUCCCCUCUUUUUCCCUCUACUCUUAUAAAAUUAAAUGCCUCUUUGAGGUGGGAAUGGGGUGGUUAUGCUCCUUCUCCUGCUGCUGCUGCUGGAUUUUUGGCCAUUUGAGUUGUUGAGAAGGUGCUCUGCCAAAUCCAAUCAUGUCUCCAGGCUGCACCAGAAGAUCCUUCCAGAAGGAUUCUGAAGAUGAAGAGAUUCAGUAUGGGAAUAGCCUCUGUCUUUCUUCAUCCUAUUACAGCGUCUUCGCAGUUCGCUUCGCCAUUAUGGUGAUGCUUGCAAUUUUGAUCGGCUUGUUGACGCUACUGACAUGGCACAUCACGAGAGUCGACACGACACGAUCAUUGAACACAUUGGCGUACGGUCUCCGCCACGAGCUUCUGCAGCGGCCAUUGCUGCGUAUGUGGAACAUCCUCAACUCCACUGUCGAAGUUGCCACUGCUCAGGUCAAGAUAUCCGAGUCUGUAAUCCGGCGCUACUUCAAGCCAACAGAUCGAGCUCGCCAAAUCGAGUUUUAUGAAGUCAUGAAGGACGUGACAUGGUCGAUGUUUGUGAGCAGCAGAGCUCUGAGAUCCAUCACUCUGAAUUACAGAAACGGUUUCGUCCAGGCGUUCCACAGAAACCAAAGGAACAACAAUACCUACUUCAUAUACUCUGAUCUAGCAAAUUAUUCGAUAACAGGGAUGAAUGAUGCCGAUCUUCUAGCAUCCGAUCAAGGAUGGAAUGAUCAAACUAUUCGCAACAACAUCUCUGCGAUUUGGUACCGCGAGCCUGUGAAUCCAUUGACAGGCCAAAAGACUGGAAAAGCCAUGGCAAUUCCGCCGGACGAGCUGAUAAACAUAGCUGGCAUUUCACAAGUCCCUGACGGCACAGCCUCCUGGCAUAUCGCCGUAAGCAACUAUGCUGAUUCACCGCUGCUUUCAGCUGCACUGCCAGUUUGGGAUCCCUCUCACAAAAGCAUAGUUGCUGUAGUUGGUGUUACCACGGCGUUCUACAGUGUCGGACGCUUGAUGAAAGAGAUAGUUGAAUUCCACAGCGGACACAUUUACAUAACCUCUCAGCACGGAUGGCUGCUUGCCACUUCAACAAAUACUCCACUGUUAGUUAAUUCGUCAACCGGGCACAAACUCAUGAUGGCUGUAGAUUCGGAGAAUGAGGUAAUACGCUCGGGGGCUGAGUAUUUGAAGAAAGUGUAUCAUGACAAGCUUCCUCCAAGUCAAGAAGUUCAUAUAGAGAACGCGAAGCUCGGCCACCAGCUAUAUUACAUUGAUUCUUUCUUCUUGAACUUGAAGAGGCUUCCCAUGGUUGGUGUUAUAAUGAUACCGAGGGAAUACAUAAUGGGAAAGGUUGACGAAAGAGCUUUCAAGACACUGAUGAUAUUGAUAUCAGCUUCAGUAUGUAUACUAGCAGUUGGGUGCAUUUGCAUCUUCAUUUUGACAAAUGGAGUGUCGAAAGAGAUGAAGCUUAGGGCGGCUCUGAUAAGCCAUCUGGAUGCACGAAGGAAGGCGGAGGCAUCCAGCAAUUGCAAAAGUCAGUUCUUGGCAAACAUGAGUCAUGAACUUCGGACACCAAUGGCUGCAGUGAUUGGAUUGCUGGAUAUCCUUGUGAGCGACGACUGUCUCACAAAUGAACAGCACACAAUGGUAGCACAAAUUCGUAAAUGUUCUAAUGCUUUACUCCGGCUUCUCAACAACAUCUUGGAUCUAAGCAAGGUUGAGUCUGGAAAACUAAUACUGGAGGAAACUGAGUUCAACUUAGGUCGAGAACUUGAAGGGCUUAUUGAUAUGUUCUCAGUCCAGUGUAUCAACCACAAAGUAGAAAUUGUUCUUGAUAUUUCUGAUGACAUGCCACAAACUAUCCUCGGGGACUCUGGUAGGAUUCUUCAGGUUUUCGCAAACCUUAUUAGCAAUUCAAUCAAGUUCACGGGAUCUGGAUACAUCAUCGUGAGGGGAUGGUGUGAGGCUGCAAAUGGCGAAAACAGCAUAAUGAAGCCUUUGCUCCAUGGAAAUGGAUCGAGUUUUGCAGAUAAAAUGAACCGGAAGCAGGAAUCAAGCCAUGGAAAGAAUUCCCACAACAAGGACAACAGGGUGAUUCUUUGGUUCGAAAUUGAUGACACUGGUUGUGGAAUUGAUCCGAGUAAAUGGGAAUCUGUGUUCGAAAGCUUCGAGCAAGCUGAUGCCUCCACAACUCGUCUGCAUGGUGGCACUGGUCUUGGCCUGUGCAUUGUGCGAACCUUGGUCAACAGGAUGAAUGGCGAAAUCAAAGUGAAGAAAAAGGAUGGACACGGCACGCUGAUUCAACUAUAUCUAAUCAUCAGGACACCAACCGAAGCCGUAGGACAACAGCACUGCUUAACACUGGGAGAGCAUAAGCUGACAGUGCUGCUUGCGCUUGACGGCAGAAUGACUGCAUCGACCAUGGAAAAAUGGCUGCAAAACAACGGGGUAUGCACCCACACCGUAUCUGAUUGGAAUGAGCUAACCGUGCAUUUACCAGAGCACUUCAAGGCCAAAACCGGUCCUCAAACGCUGACUGAAUGUCGAGAAUCAGAUGUUGAAUGCGGCAUCACCUCAGUUUUCAUCAUGAUCAUUGAAAUAAGCUUGCUAGACUUGCACUCCGAGAUAUGGCAGCAGCAGCUUGACUUUCUUGACGAAUACAAAACUAGCGUUUAUUUUGCAUGGAUCUUAACUCAUGACGCCUCCAACGCUAUCAAGACGGAGCUCCAUCGAAGAGGGCAUCUGUUAAUGGUUAACGGGCCUUUAUACAAGGGAAAGCUUAUUCAGAUAUUCGAAUCCGUAGUAAAGGACAUAAGUUCCCGGCAGGUAAAGAAUCCGACUGCUUCUUCGCAGCAGUGCCAUGAAUUUCUUGAAAUCGACGAGCAUCACUCUGGCUCCAUCAGCUCGGAUGAUUCUGGAAUAUCAGUAGGAGCGUUGGUCGACAAAAAUGGCGAACAUUUCGCCAGGUCCUAUUUCUCGCUGCUUACUGACUGCUCUAUUGAUACAAGCCAUACGGUUCGAGAGGAUAAUGCUCCCAACAGGGCCGGUGACCUUAUGCCCAAAAAUGAUACUGACGGCCAAAGCGUCGCAUCCAAGCGACAAAGAUCACUCGAGGGCCUGCGCAUACUUCUUGCUGAAGACACUCCUGUUCUCCAGAGAGUUGCAAUGAUAAUGCUGGAGAAAAUUGGUGCGAAAGUUGUCGUCGUGGAAGACGGGCUCCAAGCAGUCCGUGCCUUCAAAGGCACGAUCGGAUCGUUUGAGCAUGGAGGCGACGAAUCUCUUCUCUACAUGCAACGCGGAAGAAGGCCUGAAGAAACUCGCGCAUUCGACUUGAUUUUGAUGGAUUGCCAAAUGCCGAAGAUGGAUGGAUACGAAGCGACGAAAGCUAUAAGAAGAAUGGAGUCGGGGACAGGGACGGGGAUGGGGAUGCACACCCCGAUCGUGGCGCUGACUGCUCAUGCAAUGUCUUCGGACGAAGCGAAAUGCCUGGAGGUCGGAAUGGAUGCUUACUUGACGAAGCCGAUCGACUGCAAACUCAUGGUAUCGACGAUCCUUUCCUUAGUUAAAACGACGUGAUGGUGAAGGCAGCGAGCCGUGUUUCGAGUUCGACGGCAUAGCCAUGCCGUGGUUAGCUAAGCUUGUGGUCUGCUUCCUUCUUAGGUCACCAUUUUGGCCUUCAGUUAGGUGCUCCCCUGCUGCUGCUUUCGUCCUCCCUGAAAUAAUGUUAAUGCAUGAAAUCUUUUACUGAGGAAUUUUAAUGUACAUAGCCCGGGGAUGGCUGUGACGUAGAUGUUGGAUUGUGACUGUGUGACGUCAUGAUUCCCUAUGGACUAACUUCCAGGGUGUUAAAGUUCGGCAGGAGUUUAGCCCGUAAGCAUAAGAAAAAAAAAGAAAAGAAAAAUUAGCUUCUGUCGGAUUUAUCCAGAA